UUAUUUUUUUUUUUCCAUUUCUUCGGACUGAGAAUUAUGUAGAUAGACAGACAGACAUGUACUAACUGACAAAUAGACAGAAGAUAUAACAACUAUGUACUGCUGCAGUCUCGUUGUUGUUUUUGUUGUCGUCGUGCUGCUGCUGCUGUCGUUGACUGGGUAUAAUUGUAUCGGAAUCUUUAACUAAGCAAAACUACGUCUGUAGAUUUGUUUUUUUUUUCUUCUUCUCUUCAAGUCGUCGGUGAGCGAGCGAAUAAAAAGCCGAAUAAGCGAGCGUGUAUGUACAUAUGUGUCGGCCUGCCUGCUGACUGCCUGUCAUAUUCAUUGAUGCUGGGCCUCCGGUUUGGUAUUUUCAUUAUUCUUACUCGAUUUAAAGCUGUUGUUCCGUUCAUUCCAUAGUUCGCACGCGCUCAUGGUUGUAAUCAACCAGGUUCUGCUACGAUGCUGGUCUUCUUUUGCCAUGCGAAGCAUUGCUUCGUUGUGUUAAAAUUGCUCCAUUAAAAAGUGUGUGUGAGUGUCAACAAAGUGAGUUGAGCCAAAAAAGAAAGAAAAAAACACAACAACCACAAAAAAUCAAUGAAAACAACAAAAAUAAUUUUUGACAAAUCAGAGAAAAAAAUAUUGAAAAGAAAGCAGAAAUUUUGCUAAGUGUACAAGAGGUCGCAUAAUCAACUGAGGAAGAUUGAAAAGUUUGGAAAAAAAAAUGUAAACCAGAAAAAAGGUGUGACAUAUUUCAACAAAAAAAUAAAAUAUAUUAAUUAAAAAAAGUGCUAAAAAUUAAAUUUCAAAAAGUUAAUGAAAAACAACAAAAUACCAUAAUAUUGAAAGAAUACAAGAAAUAUCAAAGCUUAUCAACACAAAUACAUUCGCCCAGAAAAAUAAUAAUAAAAAAACGAAAAACAAGAACAUCACCAUCGAGCCUUAAACAAAAACAACAAUAAAAUAAAAAUCAACAAACCAAUAUUACAAAAAGGAAUUAACACUAAAUUGUGAGAAUGCUAAAAUACAUUUGACAAAGGUCUUCUACAAUUAAAAAAAUUUAAAUUUCAAGUGGAAAAUUCUAUAAAUUCGGAGGUGUGAAAAUAUAUUUACAUUGAAAAAUAAAACAAAAAAUUGAAAUAAAGUGCCAAAAACAAAUAACAAUUGUGAUAAUGGUGCAUUAUAUUUGACAAAAGAUUAAAUUCUUUGAACAAACGUCAAAUUGGAAAAAGAAACAAAAAAAAAAAUUAAAACAAUUAUUUUUUUUAAUUAAAAACUGAAAGGAAGAAAAAAACAUUAGCAAAACGGAUUCCAUAAUAAAAACACCCCGCAACCUUCGACCUUCAGAACCAAAUCUGGCUGAGCAGAACAUUUCGAUUUCCUUCCAUCAAUUUGCAAUAAAUGGGGAAAAUUGCACGCCACCAUAAUCAGUUGUUGUUGUUGUCGUCGUCGUCGUCCACGUUGUCACCGUUGCCAUCAUCCUUCAAUGAGUAUUGGGAGUGUUCUAUGUGCCUGAAAAACAAGAUGCUGUUGAAAAUUGAAAAUACCCUAUUGCGUAGCCAUCGUCAACGUGAAACCACCGGUAUUAAGAAACUUUACAAUUCAUUUUUUGUAUUAUUUUAAUUUCACCGGCCGCGGUUCGUUACGUUUCACUCACAACAAUAACAAGAAAGCAAAAAAGUACAACGCACUAAGAAAAAGAACAAGAAGAAAAAAAAAACAGAAAACA